CACCACUUGAGCGCGCCUUUGGCAAAGCUGACUUCCUGUCGUCUGCCGUCGUGCAAGCGGCAACAUGUUAUUGCGUUCUGCAUUUAUUCGCUUGCGGCCGUCGACGCUCCGGCUGUUGCAACCAAUGUGCACGCACUCGGAGGGCAGCAGGGAGACCAUCCUCAGCAAGGGCUUCAUCCAGAGGGCAAACGAAGACACCGACACCCUGCGGGCGCGACUGCUCUACCAGAGCCGCAAGCGCGGCAUGCUCGAGAACGACCUCAUCCUCAGCACGUUCGCAGCCAAGCACCUGGCCUCCUUCAAUACGGAGCAGCUCCAGCACUACGACAGGCUCAUCAACCUGCCUUCCAACGACUGGGACAUCUACUACUGGGCAACGGGUGCCAGGGAGACUCCACCAGAGUUUGAGAAUGAGGUCAUGUCACUACUGCGAGAGCAUGUGCGCAAUGAUGAGCGCGAGAAAAGAUUCAAGCAGCCCGACAUUUCGUAGUGGUCUAGGAGCAAAGUGACAGAGGCUACCUGACACGCUUGAAAAAAGGUUUGGGCGUUGAGGCGAGAGUCGCCAAAAAGUUGCCUAGCACAAUAUUUGUCUAGUCAGCCUGUUGCUUCGCUCUGCCUUCUGGUCUUUUCCCACACAACACUAACCUCUCAACCAGACAGCAGUCAGUUCAAAGAGUGCAAACCCUUCUUCCUGUAGAAGUUGAAACUGCAGAUUAAAGUUUUCUGGCACAGG